UUUCGGUUUGUUGACUUUGACUGUCUGUUGUUGAUCCAAUGCGAGCCGACCGCACCGUUGCUUCCUGCCUCCGAUCUAUCUGUCAGCCUUGUCAAGCCUCAUACCGGUACAAGCCUUACCCUUUGUAACCUCAAGCACAAUUACAUCGACUUUUCGGGAGACUUUUUGCAGUUGCAACUCCAUCCGAAAAAAAGCGCAAACAAACAACACAAUGGCUGCCCAGGGCCCAUCUCCCAUCCCCACCAACCGUCUAAAGCAGAUUGCCGCCGAUGCCUGCAACGAUGCUAUCGGCAGCGCAGAGUUCUAUGAUCACGCCAAGACGGAGCAGUGGAACCAUCAGAUCAUUAACACGAUACUCAAGGCCGUGAUCGCCGAGUCCCAGCCCUCAGACAGCACGGCACCCCCGCAGUUCAAGUUCGCCGUCAACAGCACCAUCGUACAGCACCUGGUGCCGUCGUCAAAGCUGAACAAGCCCGCUGGCGGUGCCGACGACAAGCCUGCCAGCACGGCGACCAGCACGGAUGGGAAGCCGCACGUCGGCCGGAGGGGAAUGCACAGCGCCACGGGCGCCUUCUGGAACGACAAGACGGACGGCAUGUGGACUUACAAGCACGAGGGCGACGAGAGCAAGGGGAUGGACGUUGUCGUCAUGCUGAUCUGGAUUGCUGUAUGAAAAGUUGUCUCCGGCAGUGGUGUGUGGGUAUAAGAUGCGGUGCCAUCUACGAUGUGGAGAAGCUACCAUACGGGAUAUUUAUUGCACUUCUGGCGUUUAUGAUGUGAAAAGUGAUCAAGAUCAAACGACAUGUUGUAUCCUAAGCAACUGCGCAAGUGUUGACUUGCUGUUAUUGUCUUUUUUCGAUUGUUGCACGGUUGUUAGAUUGGGCUUUUAGCUUUUGUAUUAUUUCUGGAUUUGCUCCUCAGAAAUGGACACUGGCUACUUGUAAAAUUGUAUUCAAGUCUAC